CUUCGUCUCUCUUUCACUGCGACCGCGUCUAUAGAUCCCCCACGCAACACGGCCCCACCUCAUCCUUUGACCGCAGGCUAAGCCCGCAGGCGCCACUGCGCAGCUCCAUCGCCUUCCACCCACUUCCGCAACAGCUCCCUCUCUCUUGAGUAUCGCGGACGGCCAUUCACCAACAUUGACACCCGUUUUGUUUCUGCCAAGCACAACACAAUGGUCGGCCUUACAUCUGCCGCCGGUGUGGUGGGCUACCUCUCCGAGCCAGAUCCAGCCCUGCGCUCGUUCGCUCUCCAGCGGCUGAACGAGGAGAUCGACUUGCUGUGGCCAGAGGUCGCGGGCUCGGUCAGUCAAAUUGAAGCCCUCUAUGAAGAUGAGUCGUUUCCCGAGCGAGAGCUUGCGGCCCUAGUCGCGGCAAAGGUAUACUACCAGCUGCAAGAGUACAAUGAGAGCAUGGUCUUCGCGCUGGGUGCGGGCAAGCUUUUCGACAUCCACAAGGCCGCGGAGUUUGAGGAGACGAUACUGGCAAAAUGCUUAGAUACGUACAUUGCGCUGUCAGUUAUGCACAACCCCCCGACGCCAGUGAGCAAGGCGAGCCAAGCUCCCCCACAGCUGAGCACAUCGUUUUCCGGAAACGCUGCUGGCGGGGCCAGCACUUCAGCUAGCUUGGCGUCGCCGAUAACGCCCUUCUCACAGUCCGCGUUGCCAUCCAAGUCGCUCCUCUCUCGGGAGGACUCGUCCACAUUCGACCCCACCGUGCCCGGCGGAGGCAAUGCGGGUGUACCUGGAGCACACCCUACUCCGAUGGUACUGCAGCGAAACGUGCAGAAGAACCUACACAGCACGGUAAAGCGGAUAUUUGAGAGUUGCUACGAGAGUGGCAACUACAAGCAGGUUGUAGGAAUCGCCAUCGAGGCGCGAAAUCUGGAAGUCUUGCGCGAAUCGAUAGUCCGAGCAAGCCAGGAUGGAAAGAAGCAGGGCAAGAAGCCUGCGCAACCGUCCGCACAGAGCGAAGACUUGAUGGAGUACGUUCUCGACAUCUGCAUGAACGUUGUACAAGAGCGUGGCCUGAGGAACGAGAUUCUUCGCCUGAUCCUGGAUCUACUCAACGACGACCAGAUUCCAAACCCCGAUUAUUUUUCCAUUGCUAAAUGCGUCGUCUAUCUUAACCAGCAUGGUCUCGCUUCCAAACUUGUUCGCCAGCUCAUUGAGCGUGGCGACGACAAGUCGCGUGCUGUCGCAUACCAGAUCUCGUUUGAUCUUUACGAGAACGGUACACAAGAGUUCCUGAGCAAGGUCAUGGAAGAGCUGCCUGCUGCUGAGAAGGACGAGACCGCCGCUAACGGCGAUAUCCAAAAGUCUCGGUCAAACGAAGCAGGCGAAUCAGAUUCCCUGCUUGCGAAUGCUGACACCAGCAAUGUCUCAGCCGGACAUGCAAAGGAGUCAGACUUCAGCGAGGAGCAACUCAAGGCGUUCGACUCUGUACGCUAUAUUCUCCGUGGAACAAAGAGCAUCGAGCUCAACCUCGAGUUCUUGUACAGGAACAACCGCACAGACAAGGCUAUCUUGAACAAGGUUCGCGACAGCUUGGAGGCAAGAAACUCGAUUUUCCACUCGAGUGUCACCUUUGCGAACGCUUUCAUGAAUGCAGGCACCACCAACGACACAUUUUUCCGAGAGAACUUGGAGUGGUUAGGAAAGGCGGUCAAUUGGUCAAAGUUCUCAGCAACCGCUGCUUUGGGUGUCAUUCACCGCGGCAACAUUACCCAGGGCCAGAAGCUCCUGGAGCCAUACCUACCCAAGGACAGUGUUUCGUCAGGCUCGCACUACGAGCAAGGUGGAUCAUUGUAUGCCCUUGGUCUGAUCUACGCCAACCACGGAAGCAACGUUCUGGACUUGCUCCUGAAGCAAUUCCAAAAUGCGUCCGAAGAAGUCAUCCAGCAUGGUGGUGCGCUGGGUCUUGGUGUCGCAGGCAUGGCCACUGGCUCUGAGGAGAUCUUUGAGGCAUUCAAGAACGUACUGUACACCGACUCUGCCAUCAACGGUGAAGCCGUCGGUCUGUCGAUGGGUCUCGUCAUGCUGGGCACUGGCAACAUCAAGGCACUCGAAGACAUGAUUCAGUAUGCGCAUGACACGCAGCACGAGAAGAUUGUCCGGGGUCUUGCCAUGGGUAUGGCGCUUAUCAUGUAUGGCCGCCAAGAGGCAGCCGAUGAGCUUAUCAACGGUCUUCUCGACGACCCAGACCCAACGCUGCGAUACGGAGGAAUCAUGACCAUUGCUCUGGCAUACUGCGGCACAGGCAGCAACAAGGCUGUCCGAAGAUUGUUGCAUGUUGCAGUCAGUGAUGUGAGCGACGAUGUACGACGAGUCGCCGUCAUGAGCUUGGGCUUUAUCCUUUUCCGGAAGCCUGGCAGUGUUCCUCGCAUGGUCGAACUCCUUGCCGAGUCGUACAACCCUCAUGUCCGCUACGGAGCCACGAUGGCUCUCGGUAUCGCGUGCGCUGGAACUGGGCUUCCCGAGGCCGUUGAUCUCCUUGAGCCCAUGAUGAAGGACUCUACCGACUUUGUUCGCCAGGGUGCUUUGAUCGCGCUGUCCAUGAUCAUGGUACAGCAAAACGAGGCGAUGAACCCCAAGGUAGCAUCGAUCCGCAAGCAGCUGGCCAAGGUUAUUGGCGACCGUCAUGAAGACGCCAUGGCCAAGUUUGGAUGCGCUCUUGCUCUCGGUAUCAUCGAUGCUGGAGGCCGGAAUUGCACAAUUGGUCUGCAGACGCCGACUGGCAAUCUGAACAUGGCUGCCAUUGUCGGCAUGGCUGUCUUCACCCAGUACUGGUACUGGUUCCCUUUGACGCACUUCUUGUCUCUCAGCUUCACGCCUACCGCGGUCAUUGGCCUCGACCAGGAGCUGGAGAUCCCAUCGUUCAAGUUCCACAGCAACACGCGACCAAGCAUGUUCGACUACCCUCCAGACGCAGAAGUCAAGGCAGAGGAGGCGCCGGAGAAGAUCAAGACUGCGGUCUUGUCGACGACGGCGCAAGAUAAGCGACGACGGAUGGUCAAGGAGCGUCAAAGGCGGAGGGAAAGCAUGGACGUCGACCACACGCCCACGACACCCAAGCCAUCGGGCGACGACGACAAGAUGGAGGUUGAUGAAGAGUCCAAGAAGGAAGACGCUGACAAGGCCGAGGGAGGACAGGCUGUCGAGUCGUCGUCGAAGAAGAAGGCGGAAAAGGAGAAGGUUGGCUACGAGCUGGAGAACAUGUCGCGUGUACUGCCGCCACAAACCAAGUACAUUAGCUUCCCGAGUGAGCGAUAUGUACCAGUCAAGAAGCCAACUCUUGGUGUCAUCCUUCUCAUCGACACCAAGCCUUCAGAGCCGAAGACGCUCCUGGAGCUCAAGGUAAAGAAGGCUGCACCUGCACCUGCCCCUGGCGCGUCCGGCUCGUCUGGCGAGCAAGCACCAGAAGGCGUUUCGGUAACAACUGCAGCAGCGCCGGUCACUGACAAUAUGGUGUACGAAGGCGAGGCCGAAGCAUCAACCCCGAGCGAGUUCAUGUACGAGUCGGACACUAACCCCGACGAUGACGAGUAACCGGGUAAAGAGAGGAUAGUGUGUGCGUGGCAGGGGACGACGGCAGCGUUUGCAUUCAUCACAGGUUGUAGGGAGGCUUGUAGAGUCACCUUUCCCCACUGCCUACUUUAGACUAAGGAUGCAUGUAUAAUAGCCAGAUGGUUCUUC